GCAGCCCACAAGAGCGGUGUCCGUCUAAAGUCAGGAUCUUUGGCAUCGACUUCAACUCUGCCUGUGUUGAGAAGCAUCUUGACCAUAGCAUCGUGUCCUCGUUCGGCAGCCAACGAGAGUGGUGUCCUGCCAUUGUGGUCUUCAGCAUCAACUUCAACUCUGCCUAUUUCGAAAAGUAACCUAAUAAUAGCCUCGUGCCCUCCUUCGGCGGCCAACCAGAGCGGGGUCCUGCCACUGUCAUCUUUA